CUCUAGUUGACAUGUCUCUAGGUGGUGUGCCUCUUGGUGGUGUUCCUCUAGGUGGCGUGCCUCUAGGUGGUGUGCCUCUAGGUGGUGUUCCUCUAGUUGACGUGCCUCUAGGUGGUGUUCCUCUAGGUGGCGUGCCUCUAGGUGGUGUUCCUCUAGUUGACAUGUCUCUAGGUGGUGUUCCUCUAGGUGGCGUGCCUCUAGGUGGCGUGCCUCUAGGUGGCGUGCCUCUAGGUGGUGUGCCUCUAGGUGGUGUUCCUCUAGUUGACGUGCCUCUAGGUGGUGUUCCUCUAGGUGGCGUGCCUCUAGGUGGUGUUCCUCUAGUUGACAUGUCUCUAGGUGGUGUGCCUCUAGGUGGUGUUCCUCUAGGUGGCGUGCCUCUAGGUGGUGUUCCUCUAGGUGGUGUUCCUCUACUUGACGUGCCUCUAGGUGGUGUUCCUCUAGGUGGUGUUCCUCUAGGUGGCGUGCCUCUAGGUGGUGUUCCUCUAGGUGGUGUUCCUCUACUUGACGUGCCUCUAGGUGGUGUUCCUCUAGGUGGUGUUCCUCUAGGUGGCGUGCCUCUAGGUGGUGUUCCUCUAGGUGGUGUUCCUCUACUUGACGUGCCUCUAGGUGGUGUUCCUCUAGGUGGUGUUCCUCUAGUUGACAUGUCUCUAGGUGGUGUGCCUCUAGGUGGUGUUCCUCUAGGUGGCGUGCCUCUAGGUGGUGUUCCUCUAGGUGGUGUGCCUCUAGGUGGUGUUCCUCUAGUUGACGUGUCUCUAGGUGGUGUGCCUCUAGUUGACAUGUCUCUAGGUGGCGUGCCUCUAGGUGGUGUUCCUCUAGUUGACGUGCCUCUAGGUGGUGUUCCUCUAGGUGGUGUUCCUCUAGUUGACGUGCCUCUAGAUGGCGUUCCUCUAGGUGGUGUGCCUCUAGGUGGUGUUCCUCUAGUUGACGUGUCUCUAGGUGGUGUGCCUCUAGGUGGUGUGCCUCUAGUUGACAUGUCUCUAGGUGGCGUGCCUCUAGGUGGUGUUCCUCUAGGUGGUGUUCCUCUAGUUGACGUGCCUCUAGGUGGUGUUCCUCUAGGUGGUGUUCCUCUAGUUGACGUGCCUCUAGGUGGUGUUCCUCUAGUUGACGUGCCUCUAGGUGGUGUUCCUCUAGUUGACGUGCCUCUAGGUGGUGUUCCUCUAGUUGACGUGCCUCUAGGUGGUGUUCCUCUAGUUGACGUGCCUCUAGUUGACGUGCCUCUAGUUGACAUGCCUCUAGGUGGUGUUCCUCUAGUUGACAUGCCUCUAGGUAGUGUUCCUCUAGUUGACAUGCCUCUAGGUGGUGUGCCAGCGCUCUGAACCCUGAACUCUGCCCUGCAGGGCGUCUGGCGUAUCCCGGUGGAUGAGAUUGAUCGGC